AUGUCUACCGAAGAAUUGCAGACCUUAGUGUUAAACACUCUUGACCAGCAAAACACCAUUCAAGAUUCAAAGGACUUGUCUUUCAAUGGUAGUCCUGUUGACCAGCUUGUACUGUUGGGCGCUCUCAGCAGUUUAAAAUCCAAAAACAUGGUUGACUUUGCACCCAUUGAACGUAUCGUUUGGUCCCUAACCGAGGAAGGACAACAACUUGCUAAAGAAGGAAGUCAUGAAGCCCGUGUUUUUGAGGCAAUUCCUCCCGGAGAAGAAGGUCUUCCCAUUGCUGAGCUUCAGGCCAAGUUUGGACCCGCAGCAAAGGCCGGACAGGGCAAAGCUUUCAAAAAUAAAUGGAUUACUAAGAAAGGAAACAACUUGAUUCGUGCUGUUGACAGCAUUGUUGAUCAAACUCAAAAAGAAUUACAAGAGAUUCAAUCUACUGGAACCUUGGGCAAUGAUAAAGUCCUUGCAGAGUUGAAGAAGAGAACAUUAAUUGAUAAACAAAAGCUGACCACAUACAGUGUAUCAAAAGGCCCUGAGUUCUCUUUAGAGAUCAAGAAGGAGGCAACAGACAUCACCGUUGAAAUGCUUCAGUCUGGUGAAUGGAAGAACGCGACCUUCAAAAAGUACAAUUUUGAUGCAGCAGGUGUGCCUCCUGCAGGUGGUCAUCUUCAUCCUCUGAUGAAAGUACGUCAAGAAUUCCGUGAGAUUUUCUUUGAAAUGGGAUUCCAGGAGAUGCCUACCAACUGCUUUGCUGAAUCCAGUUUCUGGAAUUUUGACGCUCUUUUCCAACCUCAACAGCAUCCUGCAAGAGAUGCCCAUGAUACCUUUUUCUUAAAGGAUCCUGCCACCUCAGACCGCUAUCCUCGUGAUUUGAUGGAAAAGAUCAAGGAGACUCAUGAACACGGUGGUGAUACAGGUUCGAUCGGCUACAAUUACACAUGGAAAGAAGAAGAAGCACAAAAGCUUAUCUUGCGUACACACACAACCGCUGUCAGUUCAUACAUGCUUCACAAACUCUCAGAAGAGACCAAACGCACAGGCGAAUUCCGUCCUGCCAAAUACUUUUCUAUUGAUCGUGUAUUCCGUAAUGAAUCAGUUGAUGCUACUCACUUGGCUGAAUUCCAUCAGAUUGAAGGUGUCAUUGCUGAUAAGAACUUGACCUUGGGUGAUUUGAUUGGUUUUAUGGAUGUCUUUUUCAAAAAGAUGGGUAUGGACAAGAUUCGUUUCAAGCCCACUUACAAUCCUUAUACCGAACCUUCUAUGGAAAUCUUUUCUUAUCACGAAGGAUUAAAGACUUGGGUCGAAAUUGGUAACUCGGGUAUGUUCCGUCCUGAAAUGUUGCUUCCCUUAGGUUUACCUCCCGAUGUACGUGUUAUCGCUUGGGGUCUUGGUCUUGAACGUCCCACAAUGGUCAAGUAUGGUAUCUCUAACAUUCGUGAUUUGCUUGGUCACAAGGUCAACAUUGCAAUGAUUAAAGACUAUCCUAUCUGUCGUUUGGAUAAAAAGAUGGGUAAAGAAUUGGUUGGAUUAAGUCAAGAGUAG